AUGGGUGAUCAAAAAAGAGCUAAGAAUAAUUCUGAAAUUCAAAAAGAGAAAUCGUCCAGGGUAAAUAAGAAAACUUUCAAAUGCACUGGUUUCGAAGAUUGUAAUAUGGCGUUCACAAGGGCUGAACAUUUAGUGAGACAUAUUAGGAAGCAUACAGGCGAAAAACCAUUUCAAUGCUAUAUCUGUUUGAAAUUCUUUAGUAGAGUGGACAACUUGAAACAACAUAGAGACACCGUACAUUCCAGAAUAAAUUAUCCACCGUCAUAUUUUACUAAUGCUCAUUUACAAAAUGGUCAUAAUCAACUAAUUAUGGAAGAUCAAAAUAACCUUCGGCACGUUCAUAGUAACAGCACUGAUACUAAUAAUACUCCCAUUAUACUGGAUCAAAGUGAUAUGCAUUCAAAUAAAUUAAACAUAAGUUAUAAUUUUGACCCGACACAACGACAAAAAGCAUACCCGUUAAGUGUCCAACAACAACAAUAUUUUCAUAAUACAUUCGAUCAAAAUUUUAUAAAUCACAUGCAUGGACAGCCGUAUCCAAUGCCGAUGCAGCCUCAGGUUCCUAUUGUGACACACCCCAUGCAUACUCAACAGCCAGCACCUCCUACCAAUCAAUUUCCAUUCCAUAGUCCUAUGCCUUUAUCACCACCGCCUGCGUGGUUAAUGCAAGCAUCACAUGAUAUAACGACAUUUCCUGUACAGAUUACAUCAAGUAGUGAGAUAUCGUCUUUGCCUGCUGAAGUUUUAAAGAUCACAAAAAAUUCCAAGCUAAAAAAAGAAGACAGUAAGGCGCGAAGGACAAAACGACCUGAAAAGGUGGUUGAACAUAUUAAAACAUCUGAUAAGACAUGUAAAAGUGCUACUGAAAACAUUAACCACGCCACUGACGAAGGAGAAGAAGAUAAAGAUGCCAACGCCAGAUUAAGUUUGAAUUAUAUCAUCUCUUAA